AUGGAUCCUCGCGUGUUGAUCAACUAUUACCUUCGCAAAGGAUGGUAUGACCAUGUUCAGCGUCUAUGUGAGCAAAUACUCGAGAAGAAAGGCAGCGACUCGGCUAUCUUGUUCUGGCGCGCCUUUGGCAUCGUGUUGGAGCGUAGCUAUUCGUCUGCAAUUCGAGAGCUCGAGAACCUCAAAAGAACUGGGCGAGAUGUCGAACUACCGUGUCUCCACGCAUUGGUCUACGCUCAUUCGCAAUGCAAACACGUCGACCACGACGAAGUAGCUCAGCUGGAACUGCAGUUGGUCAUGGCCGAGGAGAACGCAUCUAGCGCGAGUUUGAUGCUCUGCGCCACGUUCUUCUGGCACUUAAACGAACACGCAAAGGCUCGCAAGAUCCUCGACCAAUUAUUAAGCACCAGUGGUAAAAGCAGCUCCGAUGGAGCACUCCGUCAACGAGCUCUUAUCCUCCGUGGGUGGGUGGACCUCACUGUAGAUACUAAGAUCAAACGAGAGGCAGACUUGCGUGACGGUUCCAUCCAGUUUUUCGAUCAAGUGACGGAUCGAAAAGAUGCUGAGUUAGUGCUGGGCAUGGCCAAGUAUUUUGACCUAAAGAAGACGUAUCCCCGUGCUCUUGAAUUCUAUGACGAGCUUACUGUGCAGUUCCCAUGGUUCAAGCACUCGUUGAGUGAGAAGGCCUUGGUGUUGCUCAAAAUGGGCAACUGGGACCAAUGUAUGGACAGUGUGGAGCGAGCAUUAAGUGAGAAUUCUCGUGAUAUUGAGGCGCUGCGUAUCAUGAUCCUGCUGCUUUUGUCUCGUGACGGUCGGGCCCGUGAGGCUGCAGAGCGUAUCCGAGAGUUGCUUGAAGCUCUGAAACGAGUCGAACCAGCCAACCCAGAGCUUUUCUGUGAGAUCUCGCGCUGUACUGCUCGUGUAUCAGAUCGAGACUCGGAGGUCCUGCAGUGUAGCUUGGGACUGAUAGAGCACGCCAUUCAACUGAACCCUGAGAGCGGAGCUUUCCGUGCCGAGCGUGGCUACCAGCGUGCAUUACUUGGAGACUUCGCAGAAGCCAUGGAGUCCUACAAAGAAGCCUUGAAGCUUGACGAAUCCAAUGAAAUGGCGCUGCACGGGAUGAUCUACUGUCAGAUCAAGCUUGGACAACUUGAAGACGCUUCUCAACAAAUGGAAUUCCUUAGUGUUAUUCAGGAAUCCCUGGGUGCCAGUGCCAGCUUUGCGUUCCUCCAAGCGUUACUCAGCUGGGAGAAAGACCGUGACAGACCCAGACAAGUCAAGCUGCUGCAACAAACCAUGCAGGUCCAUAUGGACAAGCUUAAGGAGGCUAUCCAGGGACCUGACGUCUCCACUCACGAUACGAUGAGUCUGCUUAACCCGAUUUUUCUUGUUGAAGUGGCGACAGAAUUCUUGCAAGGGGAUACGUCUAAGCAAGGCUCCGAUGACAGCUCAGAUGCGGUUGCCAAGGGCAUGAACAUCCUCGAGAAGCUUGUUAACAAGUCCCCCGGUUUCCUUCGAGCACAGUUCGUGCUCGCACAGGCUUACUUCGACGCCCAGCGACUAGAUGACGCCUAUCAGGUGUCCAAUUUGAUCUUGAAAAUGGAGCCUGGGCACUCCAAGGCGCACCUUAUGCAGGCUCGAGUGAGUCUCGAACGUGAACAUUUCAAAGCAGCUUCAGCUUCUCUAGAUCAGGCUCUCAGCUACGACUUCUCUGUUCGUCAAUCGCUCUCGUACUACAUCAUCAAGGCUCGUAUCCUCGAAAACUCUAAACCAUCAGAGAAUGACAACGUAUCACUAUUCGGCAAGGCCUCAGUGUACAUCCACAUGGCUCAAGUGCUGUCACAGCUCAACGAUAUAUCCGAAGCCACGAAGACUCGAGCUGCUAUCAAACGUGGCGACUAUGACGCAGCUAUCGCCAUGCUGAGUAGUGUUCCCGUGGCUUCUCCAGCGUUCACGAAGGCGCAAAUGGUCAAAGCCGACAUCUAUCUGCAGUAUCGCAAGGACAAGCACUUGUACGCACGCUGCUACCAGGAGCUUGUGGCGAUCAAUCCGUGUCACGCAACACACGUGAGCUUGGCUGAGGCGUAUCUACGUAUUCAAAUGCUGGAUGAAGCGGUGCAGUCUUUCGAGCGUGCGAAGGCACUAAGUCCUGGAGACCCAACAAUUGCAGGCCGUAUCGGGCGUGUCCUCAUCUCCAAGCACGACUAUCUCAAAGCCGUGGACUACUACGAGACAGCGCUCAAGAUGGCACCGGGGAACUUGGUGUUGCGUAAAGACCUCGCUGAACUGUACGCCAAACUCCGUCACUUUGAUCAGGCACAGCGUGUCGUCCAGCAAGCUCCAUCCAGCGACUCGGAGGCUCUGAGUCAUCUCCUCCAAGUUGUAAAUCUGCAACUGGUUCUACCAACAAUUCACCGUGGUCUGGGUAGUGACGAAAUGGCAGUGCAGGCGUUGUUGAAGGCCUACGCUAUUCAGAAGGUGAUUCUGGACCGCCAGAAGGACGAACAGCCUGACGUGCUCAACAAACAGCGAGCAGCUAUCGCGAAUACUUGCUUCCAGAUAGCGUCCAUCUACGCGUCGGCCCCAGGCAACAGUGAGCGUGAAAACGUCGUCAAAUACUGCACGUUGGCUCUGCGUUCGGACGAAACGCACGAAGGUUCGCUGCUGCAUCUAGCACGUUCAUAUCAGCAGAUGGGCGACUUGGAUCAGUGUCAGGUGCGCUGUUCAACGCUGCUUCGACUCAAUCCAGCGCACGAAGAAGCUGCGUUGAUGCUCGCUGACUUGUUACUCCAAAAAGAGGACAACGACUCCGCUAUUUACCACUUCCAGCAGCUCCUCGAUAGUCGUCCUGACAACUUCGCAGCUCUGAGUCGGUUCCUAGUUAUGUUGCGUCGGGCUGGUAAGCUGCACACGUCUUCGGCUGAUAAGGAGCAAGGAGGCUUGGCUCAGCGCUAUCUGCGGCUAGCAGAACGCAGUGCCAAUGUCCGUGUUGCACACGCACCUGGUCUUCACUUUUGCAAGGGACUGUACGCUCGCUACCGGAACAACGUGGUGGAAGCCAUCGACGAGUUCAAUCUGGCUCGACGUGAUCCGGAAUGGGGCGAGCGAGCGCUCAUCAACAUGAUCGAGAUCUACCUCAACCCAGACAACGAAAACCUCUGGGAUGCCGCUAACGACACCACGGAAGGCAACACGAAGGAGCAGACGGAGAACUUGCGCAUCGCCAAUACGCUCCUGGAUGAGCUGCCGAUUGCUCGCAACGAACGCGACGCCAAACUCCGCGUGCUGGAAGCCUACGCUGUACUCGCUGUUCGGACCAAGAGCAUGUUGGACAAGGCUAUCCAGCUCUUCAUGGAGAUCCUCGAGACCGUCGAUCGCGAUUACGUUCCAGCAUUACUUGGACUGGCAACUGGCUACAUGCUCACCAAGCAGCAGCCCAAAGCGCGAAACCAACUCAAGCGUAUCGCCAAGAUGACCUACGACCAAACGCUCGCUGACGAGUUCGAACGCAGCUACCUGCUGCUGGCGGAUAUCUACAUCAACCGAGGCAAAUUCGACUUGGCACAGGAGCUCUGCAAGCGCACACUCACUCAUAACAAGUCGUCUGGGAAAGCCUGGGAGUUGCUUGGACUGGUGAUGGAGAAAGAGCAGUCGUACAUCGACGCAGCUGAAUGCUAUCAAGAAGCCUGGACUUGCGAGGGUGAAGCGAGCGCUGCGAUCGGAUUCAAGCUCGCCUUCAACUACCUCAAGGCCAAGAAACUCGUCCUCGCUGUGGAUGUUUGCAACAAGGUACUGGACCAGUAUCCAGACUAUCCGAAGAUCCGCAAGGAGAUUCUUGAAAAGGCUUACGCUGGAUUCCGACCCUAAAUGAUAGCGCACAACAGCCAGUCAAAAAAGGAGUGCACAAUGCUGUUGCAUUGAUCUAUACAUCUAUCAAAAGAAUACAUCCUCAACAGUUCGUACC